UUUUGAGGAGGAAAAAAAAGAUUGCGAAAUCAGCAAAGGGGCGUUCCUCGAGGUGACAGUUUGCGGAAGUGCUUUGGUCUUCCCGUAGACAGGGCAGAAAUGUUUUUUCUGUCCGCGAAGUUUUGUAAAAUAAAACCUCAGCGAUAUGUGAAAUGACUCCAUCAUGCUGCUUGUUUUACUCUGGAUUCACGUCAUCGGAAAAGUUUGUUCUGAGGUCCUGCCACCACUGCAAGAUGUCCACAUUGACUCAAUGCUGAGAUGGAGUCCUGCUCCUGAGCACAAUAAUGUCACAUACACCGUUCAGUAUCUCAGCUUUGAUGCCCAACAUUGGCAGGAUGUUCCUGCUUGUGUCCAGACAAAGCUCACCUCUUGUGAUGUUACUGUCACCAAGUCAAAGGAAAAGCACGGCUGUGUCAAGCUGCGUGUCCUCACAAAAAAACUUGGCCUGACUUCUACACCUGUUGAAGCCUGCAGCAAAAAGGGUGAUUCCUGUAGUCCCAGGUUUAAUCUGACCUCACGACCAGGGUUCCUGACUGUGCAUCUAAGUAGAAAUCACAGUUUGGCUCUGCGGCACGCUGACCAUGCCAAACAUAAGAUUUACUAUGGCAAGGAGGGACAGGACCUACAGAAAUUCAGAGUUGCUACUUCCUCUGAGUCUAUCCGAGAGCUAGAGGAGGGGGUAAACUACUGUGUAAGGGUGCAGUUCAUCUACCAUGACAAGCCCCUUGGACCACCUGGCUGCACGCAGUGUACCGUCAUCCCUGAAUCGGAAUCGUGUACAUGUAUGGGUUUCCCAGGUGUAAAAAGAAAAUAUGCUGAGAUCAUUGGGGCUGUUGUGGCAGUUGUCUUCGUGGUAACUGUGUCAAUAGCCAUUGCAUAUAUGAUCAUCUUCCAGUCCAAGAGAAUUAAACAGUGGCUGGGACCCCUCUACCAAAUGCCAGAGUUCAUCCUGCAGCCACUUCCUGAAGACCACCCGCGCAUAUGCACCAGUCCCUGCAUAGAAGACUUUGAUAGGCUAUCGUUUGUCAGUGAAAACAAAGAUGUCCAGGGAGCAUGAAAAUUAAAACCUGCUGAGUGCAUCCUGUCCUCUGUGUGGCUGAGGUCCCUCAGACCAAGCAUAGGCGUCUUUACCAGUCCUUUUCAGUACAAGCUCCUCCUUUUUACCCACGCUACGUCUCACAUGAACUUGGACGAACCUGUACCAGCUGUUUUCACUGGAUGAUAUUCUGCAUUUUUCAAAACUUUUUCAUCAACAUUUCUUGAAGCAAACAUAUUUUGUUUUUCUUUUCAUUUUUCAGUAUUAACAUAAAACCUGCUUGGGGUUAUGUAUAUUAAGUCCCAUUUAUUUCAGUUUGUGAGUUUACUACAUUACAGAAUAACUAUUGGCUUGAUUGAUACAAAAAGGAGAAAUGGUCUCAUGAGAUUUUGGACAAAAUUGAGCCAAAAGUGAAUUUUAAUUAUUACUUGGUCAAAUUGUUCUCCUUAUGUCAAACUAUGGCCAACAUUUUCAUUAUAAUGGUUUAGAAGUUUGUCGUAGAUUUUUGCUACCAUACAGUGUGUUACUUUGUGUGCAUGUCUCAGUAGUUAUAGCAGCACUGCUCAUUUGGAGUUUCAGUAACAUAAAGCAUUUUUGUAUUAGAGAAACUGCAUGACACUCGUCUCAACCAAGGAGGCCUAUCUUUUUAAAACACGGAUACUCUGAGAAGCAGAUUUCAAAUUAAUUGUACUUCAUGUUACUUGCUAAUUUAGUGCUGUGGUCAUCUGAGAAAAGUUACUGUGCCAACGACGGUUGAAGAGUCAAUGUUGAAAAGGAUGUAGGUUUGAAAAAAUAAGAAAUUGACUUGUGCCCAUACUGUUCAUUUGUUUCCUUUGUAACUAUUUGAAAGAAGACCCCUUUGCGUUAUCAAAGGUCUUUUCUCACUGUGGGAAUGUAAAAACCCUCUGAGACGAGGCUAUAUGAAAGAAUGAAGUCCACUUUACUUUGUCAUUGUACAGGUUACAUGGAAAUUUGUCUUCUACAUUUAACCCAUCGUAUAGGAACAGUGGGCAGCUGUGGUGCAGCGCACUGAGUCCUACUGCAGUUCUUUUUCAUAUUGCCUUGGUCAGGGGCACAGAUCAAGGCAUGCAUGUCAGGAUAUUAAUCCUAUCAUGCAUGCCUUUUUGAUAAUAUAUAGAUAAACUCUUCUUUUGAAUCCGUCCCACAUACUUUGUUUUCCCUAUUUCACCUUGUGCCUCUUCUUCAAGUUCCUCUCUUAUUUUGACCUUUGCCCAUUAUUGACAUUGAUGUUGGCUUCAACAUUUUCUUCCUCAAGUCUCCGACUGGGCUGUGGUCACUGAGGGUUGUUCUGGCUCUGCCAAGUGCAUGUGAGAAUGUGCAGAGAAUUACAGAUUAUGUGUACGAAUACUAACUUUUUCAUACAUGCUGCGGUGUUUGUAUUUUUUUAGAUUUUUCAAGGUGGUAAAACUCCCAACAAAGCAUUAAAUGUGAAAUA